AGACAACAUUCUGGUGUUUUUACCAUUAUUCAGAAUUCUUGUGCACUGAAAAGCAAUGGAAAACACUAGAAAUCAAGUGAGUACCAAGAAUCCAACUCUGUUGCAGAGUGAGGAGUUGCAUGAGUAUAUACUGAAGACUGGUGUCUACCCAAGAGAACCAAAUCCUCUCAAGGAACUGAGGAUUGCUACUGCGAAUCACCCUAUGGCUUUCAUGGGUAUUGCACCUGAUGCAGGUCAGUUAAUGACUAUGCUCUUGAAACUAGUGAAUCCCAAAAAUGCAAUUGAAAUCGGAGUUUUCACCGGAUACUCUCUUCUCCUCACUGCUCUCACGAUUCCUGAUUAUGGCAAGAUUACAGCCAUAGACAAAAACCGGAAAGCAUAUGAAAUAGGCUUACCAAUCAUCAAAAAAGCCGGUGUAGAGCACAAAAUUGACUUCACUGAGUCCCCAGCUCUGCCUAUUCUUGACAAACUCUUGGAAAAUGUAGACAUACAAGACAUUGAAUUUAUUUUGUUCUUAUCAAAAUUUCAAGCGCUUGAAAUUGGCUCUUGUGCUUCAUGUUGUGGCCUGCAGCCAGAGAAGGAAGGGAGUUUCGACUUUGCUUUUGUUGAUGCGGACAAGAAUAACUACUGGAACUACCACAAGAGGCUAAUGAAGCUGGUUAAGAUUGGUGGGAUGGUUAUCUAUGAUAACACACUUUGGGGAGGGUCAGUUGCUCUGCGUGAAGAAGAUGUUCCAGAGGCCAAAAGGGAAUGGAGGCAAUGUGCAAUCGAGUUUAACAAAUUGAUUUCGGCUGACCCUCGUGUCGAAAUGUCCCAAGUUCCUUUGGGUGAUGGAAUCACAAUUUGCAGGCGCGUUUGCUAAAUUUGUCAUGCUAAAUAUUUGUGAGUAAAUAAACAUCGAUCGCUUUAUUCUUGUGGAGGUUUAUAGCUAUUAGCUCGCUUCAGUAGUUGAGCACUUACCCUCACAUCAAAGGCGUUAACGAAUAACGAGUGAAGAGUGUAUCUAUUGUCUAUGUCUUCUGUUAUUUGAGAUUGUAAUAACUUCCCCUAGUUUUCUUAUUGAAACUUUCUAUUCAAUGUUGAAUAAGUAAUUGAUAUGUAUU